AUGGACAAUACCAGCGGCGUAGGUGCCGGUGUACGCGGUGAAGUAAACUCCAUCUUUGGAAAUAAUGGUACUGCAGGUGUAUACGGUGUGGCCUCCGGUACUGGUGGCUAUGGCGGUUAUUUUGAACACAGCAGUGCCACCGGCUUUGGCCUGGCCCUGUUGGCCGCGAACGCAGGCCAGGGCAGAACAGCCCAGUUCCAGACAUCAUUAAACACCAAUACCCAACCCACUAUUACUGCCAGUACAGUGGGUCUAGGCGGAGCAGCGGCUUUUUUAAGCAAUAAUACCAGCAGCACCGCCAACAUAGUCAAUGUAACGGCCAAUGGCCCGGGGGUAAUUGCAGAUCAUUCAACAGGCAAUGCAGUACAGUGGGCACAGGAGGAGCAGCGGCUUUUUUCAAGCAAUAACAGCAGCAGCACCGCCAACAUAUUGAAUGUAACGGCCAACGGCCCGGGGGUAAUUGCAGAUCAUUCAACAGGCAAUGCCGGUAAUUUCUUUAUGGACAAUACCAGCGGCGUAGGUGCCGGCGUACGCGGUGAAGUAAAUUCCAUCUUUGGCAAUAAUGGUACUGCAGGUGUAUACGGUGUGGCCUCCGGUACGGGUGGCUAUGGCGGCUAUUUUGAACACAGCAGUGCUACCGGCUUUGGCGUAAGCCUGCAGGCAGUCAACCUUGGACAGGGUGCUGUAAUGAUACUGGAUCAGCAGGGAAGCGGCACGGAUAUAGCGCGUUUCAGAACCGGUGGACUUAACCGGGCAAGGAUAGACAGAACCGGCCGGGGAUUCUUUAAUGGAGGUACGCAGAAUUCCGGCGCAGACCUUGCAGAAGCCUUUGAUGUAAAGGGACAGGUAAACAAUUAUGAGCCGGGCGAUGUAUUGGCCAUUGCCGUGGAUGCAGACAGGACUGUACAAAAAUCGCAGCAAGCCUAUUCAAACCUGGUAGUAGGCGUAUACGCUACAAAACCUGGGGUCUUGCUUACCGAAGAAUCGGCCGUCAGUAACCUGGAAGACAAAGUUCCAAUGGGCGUGGUAGGCGUCAUUCCUACAAAAGUAUGCAACGAAAAUGGCGCCAUUCGCAGGGGCGAUAUGCUGGUAAGCGCCAGCCGCCCGGGUUAUGCAAUGAAAGCAGAUCUCAGCCGCCUACAACCUGGCCAGGCCAUUGAUGCAAAAGUGCCGGUGCGCAGCACUGAUAAUGCUGCUAAGCUGGCAACUACUACCACUGCCGGCAAUAAACUGCCAUUGCGCACCACUAAUGAUGCGGCAAAAGCCGUUACGGUUGUAGAUGCAGAAAAAUUGCCUGUACGCAGUACCGAUCCGGCACCGGUAGCAGCACCAUCCGGUGCCAGUCAGAAAGCAGCGGCAGAAAAGAAAACAACACUGCCUUCAGAGAAGCCUGCCCCAUCCGGCAAUGCAAAUAAAGCAGUGGAAACGAUUGAUAAGGCAGCCGCUCCGGCCCAGUCCUGA